AUGGCACAAGUUGUAAGCGGGCGGAUAAGGACCAGGGGCAUGUAUCGUUUCGGAAGUCGAAAUAAACGUGUCCUACAAGGCAUUACCAAGAUCGUCAGCUCCUACAGAUCUGAGGGGAAGGACCCUCGAGAAUACGUUCAGAACUUAAUAUUUAUGUCACACUCCAAAACCUGCCUCGUAACCGGCGCCAGCAAAGGCAUCGGGCACGGUGUAGCCCAGUCCCUCCUUGAUCACGCCCCACCCCUCUCAACAAUCUACCUGACCUCCCGCACACCGCCUAAAAUCAUCCACAUGAAUAGCACCUCUUCAACCCUGAUCUACCAUCCGCUCGACAUUACAACUCCAUUUUCUAUUGACGCCCUUUACAAAACCAUUAAGGAAGCAGGCAGAACAGACGUACUUGUAAACAAUUUGGGUAAUGCCACGGGUAGCGUUGAGGAGAUAGUGGAGUGCAACUACUAUGAGAGAUAUAGGGCAGAUGUGAAGGCUGGAGUAUCAAAGGAGAAAGGUUGGCCCACCCGUACUCAGUCACGAAGGCUGCUAUAA